AUGUCCAAUGCGCAGUGUGUUGUUACAAGUCAGUUUUUGGGUAUUCAUAUUGCGAGCGUCACUGAGGCGUGUGUAUUCGUGGCAUUUACGACCAUUGCAUGGUACAAUACUAUCGAGCUUAUUAUUCUUUGUUUUACCACAUUCAAAAAAUACCGAGGAUGCUACUUCUGGAGUCUGCUGGUUGCCUCCGCCUGCGUUGGCGUUCAUGCCUUAGGAUUCCUCCUCCUUGUCUUCGCUAUUAGAGUCUCACCAUAUCUCCCACUCACAAUCGCUGUCUUCAGUUGGUGUGGAAUGGUGACAGGGCAAUCCCUUGUGCUCUGGUCACGCCUGAAUUUAGUACUCUACCAUCCAAGGGUUCUCCAAGUGGUGCUCUUGAUGAUUAUUACAGAUGCAAUCCUCCUGCACACCCCUAUAAUAGUCCUUCUAUAUGGGGCAAUGUCAUCGCAUCCUCAACAGUUUACGGCGGGAUAUAACGUUGUGGAGCGCAUCCAGCUAGUGGGGUUUUGUCUUCAGGAGUUAAUCAUCUCUCUUAUAUAUAUAUGGGGAACGAUCAGACUUCUAAAAUUCCAGCAAGAACGGCACCGUCGUCACAUUCUACACCGGUUACUUAUUAUCAGCAUUAUCAUUCUCCUCCUUGAUAUUACAGUUGUUGUUGUUGAAUAUGCUGGUCUCUACACUCUCCAAGUUCCACUCAAGGCCACUGUCUACAGUAUCAAACUCAAGCUGGAAUACUCCAUACUGGGAAAGCUUGUGGAAAUCUCCCGAGGUCCCACCUCUGACCUUAUGUGUUUUAUGAAUGGCCUGAACUCUAAUCCAUUGCCGUAUCAUGGUGAUACUACCAGUUCCAAUGUUGUGAAAUUUGGUGGACUAAUGAUGUUCAGGAACAAGAGUAUCCAAUACUACCUAGGAUCGUAA